AUGGAGCAAGGGGAAGUGUUUGUUGUGGAUGAGCAGGAAGGAGAAUUAGAUCCUAAUGACGCAUGGUUGAUGCGCGCAGCAGGUGGUGAGGAGGAGGUUGGUGCAAAUGAGCUUCCGAUGGGAGCGGUUGCUGCUGCCCAAGAUGAUGACCAGUUAUCCUUUGAGGAUUCGGAACGCUUUGAAGAAGAUUCCCUUUGUUCGUGGAUGUCAGAUGCUGAAUCGUUAAAUCAGAAUUGGCGUGGAUGGAGCACGACGAGGAAUUCAACAGCGCAGAAUGGAAUCGAACAGACAUAUGGAGAUGGAUCAGGUCCACUAUUAUCAAGUUCGUUGUUACGCUUUACUGGAGGUAUCACAUCACCAUCACAGUCUCGUCGGCAUCCUAUAUCUGCUUCAGCAACUACAACAAACUUGGGCUCUUCCGCCCCAACAACGAGUAUUAAUGUGAAUGCAACAACAUGUAAGGUACGGAGCCUUGCCGAAAUAGCUGCUCGCGUUGCUGCACGAUGUUUCUCAUUUAUAAUGUUGGAGGCGUAUUAUCACGCGAUCUCAGUUGAAAAGAGGCGGAUAAACUUCAAAAGUGGUAUGAAUGAUCGUUCCGUUAUAUUUGAAGAUGCUUUCGCGGAACAUGCUGCAAUUCCUGACAAAUUUUUCUUGAGCAUUGUGCGCUGGUGCUUCCCUGAAAGCGAAGAAGAUGUCCGUUUAUACAGCUGUUUGGCAAAUGGCAAUGCUGAUGAGUUUGACAGAGGGGAGUAUUUAUAUCAAGCAAAUGCGGUUCAUGAAGUUUUCCAAAUAGGUUAUCAUAUUUCCGCUGUAGUGAAUGCAACUGGCGCAUCUUCUAUAGUUACUCCAACAAGUUCAUCAGCCCCACCUUGUCGCACGAAGAUGACGUACAAUGUAUCAGUUCGGGUUGACAGGUGUCGCAUAGUAUCAUGUAGCUGCUCAUGCGCUUUCAAGGCAUCGUGGUGCCAACAUGUUGUCGCUGUAUGUUUGUAUAGAAUAAAUAGAGUGAACGAAGUCGAGUAUCGUGUUACUAUUUGGGAUUCAAUCAAUGAGCUUACAAAUGAAGAAUUAAAAAAAUUGGCCCAAUUUCUUAUAAAUGAUCUUCCUCGACAGUAUUUGCCUGUGGCACAGCGUUUGAUCGACCAACUACGGAAUCCAAAAUCUGAAAUAAACGCAGCAGUUGGAGCACCAGAUCCAACGGAUGGGGGUCAUGAUAAUGUCGCCAUUUGGUGCUUAGAUCAGCGUACACUGCACGAAAACAUCCGUCGCAUAUUGAUCAAAUUUUGUCUUCCCUCACCGACAGUGCAUUGUGAUGUGCAGUAUUUAUCGUCCAAUCAGCCACCUGCAGCUAGUGAGUGGUUGUCCCUUUUUCGACCUCACAGGGCAAAAGAGCCAGAAGGUUUAUGGAAUCUUUUAUCAAUUGUACGCGAGAUGUUCAAACGUCGUGAUGAAAAUGCAACCAGUCUUCUACAUAUUAUUACUGAAGAAUGCUUAGCUUGUUCACAGGUCUUGAUUUGGUGGUAUCAAACCGCUUUGUCUCAGUCCGGGCAGUGGACACUUAGCCCGCCUUCUACCAAUAAAUCAUGUUCAUUAAUGUCAAAUCAGAAGACGCCUCAGCUGAACUGUGCCUCACUUUGUGAUGAAAUAGUACAACUAUGGAGGCUCGCUGCUUUGAAUCCACGUUUAUCAUCGUUUGAAAGGGAACAAUUGACUAGUUUCAUACAAAUAUAUCAUCGGAAUGCUGUGGAGAGGAUAUGGAAAUAUAUUUGUUUUCUAGCGAAUCCUGAAGCUUCAGUAUCUUCACAGGCCACCAGUUUCAUUAUGUCAGUUGUUGAUCGACACGGACAACGACUGUCCGCAGAAAAUGCCCGUUUCAGUGCUGAUUUGUUUCCGGGAUUUCUAAGUGCUUUGAGGGCAUGCCAGAUUAGUUGGAAUAACACUAAUAUACAAGGACUAUUGUUUGGAUCGAAUAACAAUCUCUCAAGCGCUUAUUCAACUACUGACUUUUCAAAUAUGAAGUUCAGUCCAAAUAUUCCUGUUCUUCGUCAUCCCUUACGGGUUUCUGAAGACACCUCUUUAUUAGAUAUUAGCACAUCAUUUUACCGCACAUCAGUAUAUGCAACUGGGACAAACUACUUUUCACUUCAUCAACAGGCUUCACGUAAAAGACGAAAAAAGUCAUCUCGCAUUUCUGGACGUCGUGGACAUCAGUUUGAAUUUCAUGAUGAGCGAUCUCUAAUCCGUGCUGUGCGCGUCGCUGCUUGUGCUGCACGUGAAGUGGCCUUAAGUGAAGAUAUCGAAGAAGAUAGCGCUGAGUCGGGACAGGAAAGUGAAGCAGGUCCAUCGAUGUCAAGAAAUAACAGUCGGACAAACAGUUCAACAAAUCGUAAUGAAUCCGCUGCCACAUUAAGCAGUACAAACUAUCCAAAGAGUGAUGUUGACGAAUUAUUUGCUAUUGCACAUGUACAGCAAUCAAAUUGGGACAUCAAGUUCGCCAGAUGCGAAGCUCUAAUGUCUCAUGGCUAUGCACAUCAGGCAUGUGUAAUGGCAGUGGAGCUUGCGGAAGAAAUGUUACGCCGUCCCCCAAAUUUACUUUAUCAUUCAGUGGAGCAACGAUAUUAUCCAGAAUUAUCUCCAAUACAGCGGCAUAGGAGAAGGCGAUUUUCUCAGUCGGGUGCUCCUACUCCUUCUAUCUUAGAAGCCCCUCUUUUUGAACUUGAUGAACAACUUAUUGAAAAAUCGCAAUUAGCAGAGGAUAUAUAUACAAGAACACUCUUUCUGGUACAUACAUUAAUGAAGGAGCCAAAAACACAUCGAUUGGCCUUCACACUUGCAAUAUCUGUACUUGAAUUACCUCGCAGUCCUGCUGCAAACAAAUUCCUGGAAGUCAAACUCUACUACUUGGAAACAGAGCUGGUUAGCUUGUUGCGAAGAGUAGAAAUCGGUGCUGCGGAAUUGCAAAUAAUCAGAGAUCGAGCGAGGAAAUUCGUGGAAAAUGCUAUACUUUUAGCCUCUGUACCUCAGCCCUCCGUUUUACCUAUUUCAUUGGGCCAUUAUAUCUUAGACUCUUUGUCAUUCUCUCACAAUACUUGUCAAGGGCGCCGCACUGCAAGCGGCAUUGUGACAAAAAAUGGUGUACAGCGGCGCCCUUGUGAUGAAGAAUUAGCUAUAAAAGUCGCUUUAGAAGCAUUGGGCAUGAAAUUAGUAGUUUCCGAAGCAGAUUACCCUAUGCUCUGUGAAAGCACACGACUACAGCGUGGUGAUUUGGCGCUCACAAUGCUACUAAGGUACAAAGACAGUAAUGAUAAACUGGCUUUAGUACUGGACAAGUUGUUGGAUCCAACUAUGCAUCGCAUGUACAGAGAUCAUCAUUCCAACGCUGCAUUUUUCUUGGAGCAAGAUCCACUGUACAAAAAAUAUUUCAAUGGUCAGCGGCCGCAUUUUCCUUUCAAGGAUGAAUUUCGUCAUAACGAAUUCAAUGAGAUAUCAAAUGGUUUGCCUGGCAUUGAAACAAGUAUUAUGAUUGCUGAAAGUGCGCACGAAAAAAGGUUAAUAUAUUCUGCACCAAGUAGUGGCAAAGAUGAAGCUGACCAGCUUAUUAGUGGUUUCACUCGUUUAUCUCACGAGUCACCCGAUGAUUCAUCGUCAGUAGCAUCUGCGAGUAGGCGACGAUCAUCGGAUGAGAGUAACGACAGUCCAUAUGACGAAAGUGGCAGCUCAGGGUUUUCAAGAUGUUUUCUGCGUGAUGCAUUACAUGAAAGUCAUUCAACGUCCAUGGGUACAGCGGAUCCACCAUCACCAGCCUAUCGUCUUUCAAAUAUUCUAACUGUUGAUAGUUCAAGUGAAUUCCCUUCAUCACCUGCAGGCCACCCAGUAGAGUUGAAUAAUAUAUUUUAUCGACAUAACAGACGAAAGCCAAUUCCCAGUUUGCCGAACCAAGCUUCAGAAGGACAGGCUCACUGCAUGAUGGAACUUGCAAAACGUCUUCUUCUUGAAGCGGGUGGUAGUCAGAGUACAGUUAUUUUUAAUGCCUCACAAGGCAGUCAAAACAAUCCACAGCGCAGUGGUCCCCACCGACAACUGCAUAUUUGUUCAUUUCUAAUUGGACUCUAUGCUUUGGGCUUGAACAACUUGUUAUCAGCAAGUUGGCAAACUCGAACUUACAGCACCAAUGUUAGUUGGAUACAUGGUCAUGCGACCGAAGUACAUAAGCUUAUAAUUGUAUUCCGCGCAAGGCAAAAUACCUGA